AUGAAGCCGUCUGAAGUGCUCUCGGCGUCAAACUUGCAGAAGGCACGGACUCAGGAUCUUGGCCAUGGUGCACCGAUUCGAAGCGUAGUGCUUCCGGCGGCAUGCAGAUCCCCACAGGAGUUGCUGGUCAAUCCACAUCCAGGCGUGGCGACGGAGCCAUUGCGGGAUGUCCUCACCUUUCAGCCUCAAAUCCGCAAGCCACGGAAGUCACAGGUGCCGCCUCCAGAGCAUCUUCGUGAUCGUGUUUUGCAGACACGGCUUCUGGAUGAGUCCUUGAAGGCUGACUGCUUGGAGCGACUGGCCGGUGCUGCCCAGCGGGCGCCCAUGGUUCGGAGAGCAUCAUGGUCAGAUGUAGCACCACCUCCACCGCCAGAGAGCGAUGACGAGGUCAUAGAGUUCACCAAGGAGGAUCUCUUCAAGGAGGACGCUCCGAUGGAGGAGCAACCUCAAAAGUCUCCGGAAGCCGGAGAGGACGUGUGUUCUCCCGAGCCACCAUCGAACGAGACUCUCGAUGCGGAUAUCCGCAGUGUGCUGACGCCCUCGGAGCGUUCGGCACCUUCUGAGCGACGCGAGGUCCACACGAGUGUCGCAGCUAUGAAUCUGACGGAUCUUCUGGCCGAGAAUGAGAAACUCAGAGUGGCUGCAGGGCUGAGCGAAAAUGAGAACUUCUCCUGGCGUCCCGGUGCGACUAUUCCUGCGCACACUGGGCUGCCAGUGGAGCCCCGCCAGACUCGUGGCUCUGUGUGCCGCAAGCGGGGCAACGUGGCAACAGACUUCUACGGUGACUGGAGCACAGGUUCUGCGGGCUUACCGCACUGGCACUACAAGAGCUCUAGUCCGUUUCGCAGAAGAUCGAAGACCUUGCCCAAAAUGAGCUUGCAGACGAGUCCUUCAGCCGUGGAGGUUCUACCACCACUCAGCGAGGCACUGCCAAUCUCUACACAUCUCGCAGAUGCCCGGCAGGCCAUCUGCGCUGCACGGGGCACGAGCAGGCUGGGGGUGCAGCGAGGCUGCGACUCGCUUCUUCGCUUGUCGCUUCGCUUCGUGACUCAGGCAACGUGA